ACGAACCUAAACGUCCAAGGCGAAAUCAUCUGCUACAAGCAUGACAUGACAUUGCUCGGCAACCAACUUCAAUAGUUUAUCGGGUAACCACUUUUCACCCACGCAUACUCGACGGUGACAUCUACUGCGAAACAAAGAAAAGAAAGGAUUCAAAAUCCGUGCGCACACACUUAACGCACCGAGGGUUGGGAUCAGGCCACGAAAUUUGGUAGUGGAAAGUCCGGGUCCUGGGGAAACAGAAGGACGGGACAGAUACCAAGUCCAGGAAACAAAAACAAGAAAAGCAAGCUCUCAUCCGACCGAUCGACCAGCACUGUAGCCAACCCUGCACCUCAACUCAAUCGCCGGGGUUACCGCCUUCCCUGCUCCCCCGAGCGGCUGCCACGUCGACACUACUCGGCCUUCUCCCAACGCCCUGCUCGACUUCACAUCUUGUGACUGCCGAGAUAGUCGGUCGGACCCCCGAAUUAUUGACACAACAAGGCCGGGAUACAGGCCCAAACCAGCCUUGCGGUGGCCCGAGUUACCUGACUCCCCAUCCACGAGUCCCGAGUCUUCCUUGAUAACAGAAUAUCGCAUAAAAGGACGGGCCCUGUGCUCCGUCUUCGCCCUCUUUCAUCAUGUCAAGCGCAAAGACAACAGGGGCGAACGCCUCCAGCAACAAUACCUCGGGGGCCCGCUCUCGAGAUCACAACCAAGGCAACCAGGGACGCAGCUAUACCCCGGAACAAAAAGAAGCAGUACUCCGCAUCCGUCGCUGCAAGCCGACGGCAUUUUACGAAAUCCUUGCGCUCACAUCAAAGACGUGCACGGACUCGGAGAUCAAGAGGGCGUAUCGAAAACAGUCCCUCCUGACGCAUCCAGACAAGAACGGGUACGAGCACGCGGACGAGGCGUUCAAGAUGGUUUCCAGGGCUUUCAGUGUGCUGGGUGACAAGGAGAAGCGGGAAAAGUUUGAUCGCUUCGGGACGGAUCCGGACUCGAGGUUCGAGAGUGCUAGGGCGCAGAACCCGUUUUCUGGCUUUGCUCAGAGGAAUGCUGGUGGUGGGGGUGGUGGUGGCGGCGGUGGCUUCCCCGGUUUUGCGGGAGGGUUCGAGGAAGAGAUUAGCCCGGAAGAAAUGUUCAGGCGCUUCUUUGGCGGUGGUGGCUUUGGCCAAUUUGGAGGCUUCGACACGGGCCCGCAAUUUGUUUUCAACAUGGGCGGUGGUCCCGGAAUCCGUGUGCACCAAUUUGGCGGAAACCGGCCUAGGAGACGACCGCGUGCCGAAGGUGAGCCGGAACCCGAUGCAGGGCUCUUGUCGACACUACUUGGCCUGCUCCCGAUACUUUUCCUCUUCAUUAUCCCGCUCAUCUCAUCCAUCAUGUCGGGCGGCUCGAGCUCCAUGCCAGAUAUGGUCUUUGAUGAGCCGCAAGCGCCGUUUACGCACAAGGUCAAGAUCCCUGAGCAUAACGUGCACUACUUCAUGCGACCGACCGAUUGGCAACAAUUCAAGGGAAAUAAUCACAAAAUCGCCCAGCUCAACAAGCACGCUCACGUGACGCUCAUCAACACCCUGACGCAUCGGUGCAAUGUGGAGAGACAUAGAGAACAGCAGCUGCGGGACCAGGCGCAAGGAUGGUUCUUUCAGGACCAGGAGAAGCUGAAGCUGGCGGACCAAUUCAAAAAGCCAGCAUGCGAGAGGCUGAGCAAGCUGGCAAAGCGGUACUAAUAGGGUCUGGCGGUCCACCAUCUCCCUGCUUCACGGAUUUAACUUGGCACUAGGAUAUGGGGUGCAUGUGUUUGUUACGGCUGUUAUUACGGAUAGAGUUGAUGAGAGCUACGUAGGUAAUCACGGAUCUAGGCAGCGGGUUCAUUUUCUUUCCGCCUCAUUUCUUUUGCUUUUUGUCGUCUUUGAGUAUGGGGAGAAUUGGUGCAGCUUAUUCUCUCAGUUGCGUUGCGCCUCCAAUAUGUUCAUUCUCGUUUAUCGGUGGUGGCUCGAACUGGCGCUACUUGUCUGACUGACCAUUAAAACAUGUGAGGCUUGCUUUUUAUAUUUCCUUUUCUUCAAUUCUGACUUGUGUUUGCAUGUAUAUACUUGUAUGUCCCGGUAUCGCUGUUGCACGUUGACCUGGUAUAAUCAAUUAAAAUUCAUUCA